AUGUGGCGGUUAUCAACGUUAUUGUUCGCUGUGCACUGUCUAGCAGCGGUUCAUCUCUUCGGUUUUAAAUUUGUUAACCCGUGGCCCCUGUGUCCCGCAAACGACAAACGGUUGCUUUCCUUGUUUAACCUGCUAUGCAAUACAACGCAAACCACUACGAUCACGACACGGGACGCCUGUUACGGAUGCUUCUUCAGAGCGGGGUCGCUUGCCGCAGGACCAACACAAUUGGCAGCGAUCAGUCAGUGCGCUUCUUUGUAUCUCAUCAAUACGAGCUAUGCUGUUUGUGCAACCAAUCUUGCGGGUAUUGUGACCGGAUCGCGCCCGGUAACCGUUUCACCAACCGGUGCACCUACAGCAGAUUGCUACACGGGACAUUGCGAGUUUGUACAAUGCAUCAGACGAAUCAAUGGAAACAUGCUUAUCAACCAGUGCAUUCUACAAACGCUGAUUAACCGCGAUCUCAACGUGGAAGCACAGCGCGUUGGUUUUUAUGUCAACACUACCUCGUGCAUACUGGCUAAAGCUCGAUGUGAUCCUUACAACCCAAUCACGGGGCAACUACAGCAGCCGCUAAAUGUUCCAGCUGACACAACCGGACGAACGGGUUCCAAUACGCUACAAAUAUCCCCAACUGGUGAUAUACGAAUUAUAUCGUUUCCCAGGAAUGUUGCUGUUGGAGAUGCCUUCUGCUCAUCACGAACUCUGCUAGAUCAGUCAACAUUUGGCAAUUCCAUUUGCUAG